CCGGGGCGCGGGAGGGAACAGCCGUGUGGUGGAAGCGCGAGCGGGAGGCCGGUUGCGGUCGUGAUCUUGCCGCCGCCGCCGCCGCCGCGGCUCGCCCGGGGAUGUCUGAGCCCGCGCCUCGCGGCCCUCGAGCUCCACGCGGCGGCCGCCGUCCCGGCCUCUAAGGGCCGCCACGUCCCGGAGGCGCGCGCAGGCUGAGGGCGGCUCGGUGCCGGCGGGGUUGCCCGGGGAGGGCCCGGGCGGGCCGGGAGGGGCUGCCCAAGCUCCGCGCCUACCCCAGCACCGCGGCCGGCGCCCGGCCAGGAGGAUGCGCGGCGCCGGGCUCUGAAGCAUGGAGGGGGUUCUGUACAAGUGGACCAACUAUCUCACAGGUUGGCAGCCACGUUGGUUUGUUUUAGAUAAUGGAAUCCUGUCCUACUAUGAUUCACAAGAUGAUGUUUGCAAAGGGAGCAAAGGAAGUAUAAAGAUGGCAGUUUGUGAAAUUAAAGUCCAUUCAGCAGACAACACAAGAAUGGAAUUAAUCAUUCCAGGAGAGCAGCAUUUCUACAUGAAGGCAGUGAAUGCAGCUGAAAGACAGAGGUGGCUGGUUGCUCUGGGGAGCUCCAAAGCUUGUUUGACUGAUACUAGGACUAAAAAAGAAAAAGAGAUAAGUGAAACCAGUGAAUCUCUGAAAACCAAAAUGUCUGAACUUCGUCUCUACUGUGACCUCCUAAUGCAGCAAGUUCAUACUAUCCAAGAAUUUGUUCACCAUGAUGAGAAUCAUUCAUCUCCCAGUGUAGAGAACAUGAAUGAAGCCUCUUCUCUGCUUAGUGCCACAUGUAAUACAUUCAUCACAACGCUUGAGGAAUGUGUGAAGAUAGCGAAUGCCAAGUUUAAACCUGAGAUGUUUCAGCUGUCCCAUCCGGAUCCCUUGGUUUCCCCUGUGUCGCCUUCUCCUGUUCAAAUGAUGAAGCGUUCUGUCAGCCACCCUGGUUCUUGCAGUUCAGAGAGGAAUAGCCACUCUGUAAAAGAACCAAUAUCUACACUUCACCGACUCUCCCAGCGACGCCGAAGAACCUACUCAGAUACAGACUCUUGUAAUGAUACUCCUCUUGAAGACCCAGACAGACCUGUUCACUGUUCAAGAAAUACACUUAAUGGAGAUUUGGCAUCAGCAACCAUUCCUGAGGAAAGCAGACUUAUGGCCAAAAAAAAAUCUGAAUCGGAAGAUCCUCUUCCAUCCUUCUCUUCCUGAGGAAAUGGAAGUGUCCAACUUCCUCUAAGUAUUGCUAUGCAAAAGCUGCUGUAAUUAAACUAUGUUCUAGGGAGUAGUUUUUCCCUUAGGAUUUCUCUGCACUUUAUAGAAUACUGUAAAACAAACAAACAAAAGAACAACCCACAUACCUUUGAAGUGUAUUUUAUCUUUAUAUAGUUUAUUUGCAAGAGUAUUUUCCUAAUAACUUCACAGUAUGAAUGUGCAUCUUUUUUUUUUUUUUUUAAACAAAUGAUGGUGUAACAUUUUGACAUCCAUAAGGACAAAUGUAGAUAUUUUUCUAAAAAACUGUGAGGGACUGACAGCUUAGUCAGGGUGUAUUGUAGCUUAUAAACAUGAAAUCUUAUAAACAUAAGGUUUCAGUUUGACAGACGUGUGAUAUAUGUAACUUGUGCCAUGGACCAAAUGGUCACUUUACCCCAGCUAAAAAUGAGUUACGAUAGCAGCUUGAUGGUGAUUCUAUUGUAUUCUUUUAAGCAAAAGGAGACAUUUAAUAUUCCAAAUAUUUUUAGCCCAAAUACCGUAACACAUUGAGGAUUUUUUAAAAACCAGACUGUGCUGUCCUUCAUAUGUGAAGUUGACACUACUGAUUUGUCAGUACCAAAUGUUGGGUUAAAGUAUUUAACUUUUAUUUAUUUAUUUUUCUGUUGCAUCAAAAAAUGAUUGCAUCCUGACUUUUAUGACCUACCAAAUUUAAGAUGUGUAUACAUUUGUUAUUUACAUUGUUCUAGAAAAGAGGUUAAUGUUGUAGUGACCUUGCUCACUUACACCAGAGAAAUAAACGCCCUUCAAUGGAAGAGGAUUUUAGUGCUUUUUUCCUAAAAUAGACAUUAAGCUGCUGUUGUAAGGUAUUAAUGUUUGCAGCUCUUUAGACUAUCUAGAGACAUUUUUUAUUUAUGACUAUUUAUACAAAAAAGGAAUUCUGUCAAAGUGACCACUCUACAUCACUUGAGAAUGGCAUUAUUUAAUUAAAGAACAAAUAGCAUUUUUUGGUAGUGCCUGUCCAUACCUAUUGUCAGUGUUUGCCUUGUAAACUGUUUUUUUAAAAAAAUUCACUUUGGAGUGAUGGUUUUGUCCAAGGUCUUGGAUGAGGAGCACUUUAAAACAAACUGGUUUGGUGUUUUUAAGUUAAUCACAUGUUUAAUAAAUAUAUGGUUUUUGCAUUCAAA